UCCCACCUCCUCAAACCUUUUCUCCCCCAAUCUGCAAAAUCUCUCUAAUCAGACUCCCCACUCUCACUAGAUCACGCACACUCUUUCUUCCACGGUGUUUGAGAGAAGAAAAGCAAUGGCUCUGAAUUCGGGUCGGAUCUACAGAAAUGCUGCGUCGAAUUGGGUCUCCGGUAACCCGUUCAGAUUCAGAUACUUCGCCGGUUUUCUGACGAUCGCCGUUUCACUUUUCAUCGCUGUCUCGUUCCUAUCCACCGCCUCCUCCGGUCCUGCAGAUCUCAAAUUCGGUUUUUCUGAUAGUUCUUCUGGAUCCGAAUCGGGUUCUCUCCGGAGAACGAUUUUGGCGUUAAAAUCAGAUCCAUUGAAGCCACGGCUGGAUCAGAUCCGGAAACAAGCAGAGGACCACAGAGGUUUAGCUUUAGCUUAUGCUUCUUAUGCACGGAAACUCAAGCUCGAGAACUCGAAGCUUGUUAGGAUUUUUGCGGAUCUCUCUCAAAAUUAUACCAAUCUAGUCUCGAAACCAAUUUACCGAGCACUGUUCGAUUCGGAUUCGAGUUCGGUUGACGAGUCGGUGCUGAGACGGUAUGAGAAAGAGGUGAAGGAAAGAAUUAAGCUGACUCGACAAGUGAUUGCGGAGGCAAAAGAAUCUUUCGACAAUCAGUUGAAGAUUCAUAAGUUGAAAGAUACAAUCUUUGCUUUGAACGAACAGUUAACGAAAUCCAAAAAGCAAGGCGCUUUCUCAAGCUUGAUUGCUGCAAAGUCGAUUCCCAAGAGCUUGCAUUGCUUGGCUUUGAGGUUGAUGGAAGAGAGAAUCGCUCAUCCCGAAAAGUACAACGAUGAAGAGAAUCCCCCCAAGCCUGAGAUCGAGGACCCAAAGCUUUAUCAUUACGCAAUUUUCUCAGACAACGUAAUUGCUGCUUCUGUUGUGGUAAACUCGGCUGUGAAGAACACAAAAGAGCCAUGGAAGCACGUGUUCCAUGUCGUAACUGAUAAAAUGAAUCUAGGGGCUAUGCAGGUGAUGUUUAAGAUACGGGAUUACAGCGGUGCCCAUAUUGAAGUGAAGGCUGUAGAGGAUUACAAAUUCUUGAACUCUUCCUAUGUUCCAGUGCUCAAACAGCUCGAGUCGUCUAAGUUACAGCAGUUCUACUUUGAGAAUAAGCUUGAGAACGCGACGAAGGACACAACAAACAUGAAAUUUAGGAACCCGAAAUAUCUGUCUAUAUUGAACCAUCUCAGAUUCUAUUUGCCGGAAAUGUACCCGAAACUGCACAAGAUUUUGUUCUUGGAUGAUGAUAUUGUGGUUCAAAGAGAUUUGACUGGUCUCUGGAAGAUAGAUAUGGACGGAAAAGUGAACGGGGCUGUGGAGACGUGUUUUGGAUCUUUUCAUCGCUAUGCGCAGUAUAUGAAUUUCUCCCACCCACUGAUCAAAGCUAGGUUUAGUCCCAAGGCAUGCGCAUGGGCUUAUGGGAUGAAUUUCUUUGAUUUAGAUGCUUGGAGAAGGGAAAAGUGCACUGAAGAGUAUCACUACUGGCAGAACCUGAAUGAGAAUCGAACGUUGUGGAAAUUAGGAACACUUCCUCCAGGCCUGAUCACUUACUACUCUACAACCAAGCCACUCGACAAAUCUUGGCAUGUUUUGGGGCUUGGAUAUAAUCCGAGCAUAAGCAUGGAUGAGAUCAAUAAUGCUGCAGUCAUACAUUUCAACGGAAAUAUGAAGCCGUGGCUCGACAUUGCUAUUACCCAGUUCCGUCCGCUUUGGACCAAGUACGUCGACUAUGAAAACGAGUAUGUGCAGACCUGCAAUUUUGGUCUAUAAACACACCAACUCCACAAAAGGAAACACAUGCUUGUAGGACUGGCCAAUGCUAGUUCUUCAAGAACUUCCGAGGCUACCGCUCCUUUUCACACGCAGAUUUUGUGCCUCGUAUUUAACCUAGAAAACUUCCGUAUCGUUCAAGUUUAAGCAAUUCAUUUGUCGUAGUUAGUAUACAUAUUUUCCUGUUGUUCAUAUUCGCUCGCUGUUAAGCAGCUCACAGUUGGUGAAAGCUAAUUUAUAUGCUUUUGGUAAUUACAUGAAAAAAAAAAUUCAUUUCUUGCAAAUUUAGAUAUUUGUUAUCUUGCCAAGUUAUUGUUACUGCAGUUUGUUAAUGAUGUGACAGCUGUUUGCUUCUGCAGUUGUUGAUCAAGUUCCUACUUGUCCU